UUCACAUCAAAGAGUAAGAAUAAGAGUAUAAGACUAACAACAGCACCAAGAAGAAGACCCAAGAUGACAGGCCUUGGCUCACCAUGUGGUGCGUGCAAGUUCCUACGCAGGAAGUGUGUGAAGGGGUGUGUCUUCGCUCCAUAUUUCUGUCAUGAGCACGGGGCUGCGCACUUUGCUGCUAUCCAUAAGGUCUUUGGGGCUAGCAAUGCCUCAAAGCUCCUAAUGCAUCUGCCAAUAAGUGACCGUUGCGAGGCUGCAGUCACUAUGUCAUAUGAGGCGCAAGCCAGGCUUCAAGAUCCAAUAUAUGGCUGUGUUGCUCACAUCUUUUCUCUGCAACAACAGGUGGUCAGGCUGCAAGCAGAACUAGAGUCUUUCAAAGCUCUAGCAAUACAAGGAUGUGGAGAUGGGUCCUUGACAUCAAACCCUCAGAAAGAAAACUGUGAAAGAUUAGCACCUUAUAUUCAAGACGGGCAGCUCUUUUACCAACCAACAAUGGCAAACAAUUCUUCAGUAAAGAGUGAGAGGCAGUUAUACUUUGCAAACGAUUGCUUCACAUCAACGUCAACUCAACAUUCUGAAGGUUAUGAGCCAGAUAUAUGCAUGCCUGACUACUACAACAACAGCAAUCCUUCUUGGACCACGCAAGGGAGUGGGUAUCAUGAUAUUGAUGAGCUUCAAUCAGUAGCCUUUGCAUAUCUGGACAAUGCUUGACAAAACGAGGAAUUUGAUAGUUAUUGUACAAGUUUGAAUAGUUUUGGUAACAAUACCUUACAGAUGUCAAUCAAGUUUUCUAGCAUGGGCAUUGAGUUACUGAAGAAGCUGUGUGUUGAUGUACUCAUAACUAAAACUUCAAACUGCACUUUUGUAGUUUAGAAAUCCUAGUUUCUUCAUGAUGAUUCCUGCAGAAGAAUUAAAUUGGAAUUGUUCAAUAAGAAACACAUCAUUUGGUGCAGAUAAAUAGAAGAUUGAAACGAAAUAGACCGUAACGGUAUUGCAUUUCAGUCUGUUAUGUGGAGACCAAAAGGUUCUUGAGUGUAUAAUUGUAAUUUUAGUGCUUGUACUGAACAUCUGUUUAACUCUGUAAGCAAGUAUAUUUAGCCAUUGCUUAUCUC